AUGACCUUGCGGCUUAGUGGAAGGCCAAAAUAUGCCAUUGUGCUCGCCAGAUGUUCUCAUUUGACAGCAUGCCGGUUCCUUUGGUCUUGUCCUGCUGCAACAGAUGUUUGGGGUGAAGCAACCAGUCCUGUGAGGAAAUGGCACAUAGCCUAUGAGGACUUCUCUGUCCUAUGGAGGGAUUUGUCCACAAGGUUAGAGGCUGAGCAAUUGGAUCAGAUAGCUGUAGUGUUGUAUCAGUUAUGGAAAAGAAGGAAUAGGUGGGUCUUUGAUAACAAAUUCCAAAGUCCAUCUAUUAUUUACAAAAAUGCUACAGAUGAGCUUGAAGUAUUCAAACAGGUGGGAUUGUUGCAGAAACAGCAAGUUGCUGACACAGGAAUGCAGAAUCAAGAGAGGGUCCGAGUAUUAUGGGAACCAGCUGGGGCAAACUGCUAUAAGUUCAACUUUGAUGCAGCAUUUGAUAAAAAUAACAACACUAUGGGAAUUGGAGGAGUGUUGAGAGAUUCUAGGGGAGAAGCAGAGAUUAUGCUUUCUGCUCCAAGGGCACAUGUUCCUUCUGUUUUUCAUGCAGAGUGUUAUGCUCUCAUUCGGGUCAUGGAAUUAUGCCAUGAUCUGAGGAUAUCAAAUGUUAUUUUUGAGGGUGAUGCUAAGCAGGUGAUUGAUAGUAUCAAUGGACAACAUGUAGACUGCUCGUGGAAGGGACAGUUGAUUGAAGACAUUCAGUUUCUACUAGCAAGGCAGACUACCUGGAGGGUGAGGUUUGUAAAGAGAGAGGCAAAUCAUGUUGCUCAUGCUGCUGCUAAAUAUGCCAAGUUUCUAAUUUCUGAAGCAGUCUGGAUGGAAGAGGGGCCAAGUGAGAUUAUGUCUUUUGUUUUGAGUGACAAAGAAUGUAUUCCUUUUUGA